UCGAGCGGGCAUUCCGUCACGAUGAGCCCCCUGCGAAAGCAAGCCAGCAUUGCUUCGCUCGGCAGCAGGGGCAUACCUCUGCGCAGCGUGCAAGAAGACGAGGAUCGCCCGCCGAUGCCUUCGUCGAAUCCUCCCACGUACCCACGGUCGCUCUCUGAGUCGACUGCAAAUGGCCCUUCUGCGGUGCAUCUCCAGCCGUCAAAGUCUGUGAAUCCUCGAGCGAGAGCCAGAAGCAUCGAAGGUGGCGAUGCAGCCCAUGCAACCAGCAGCACCUCUGGUGCUCGCGCCCGGAACAAGGUGCCGCAGAUGACCCUGCGCGAGAUAUUUUCUGCCGGUGAGUAAGCAACUCGUGUCGAUGCGUGCAUUCAGUAGCUCAUCCUGCGACGAGACAGACGAUACUCCACCGACGAGAGCGCCACCCUUGGAAGGCCCUCACAAUGUGGUGGAAGAAUACGGCCUGACGCAUCUCGUGAAGAAGCCCAGCAACAGCGCACUCAAGUCCCGCGGCACAACAGACGAAUUGAUUUGGGACGAACCGAGCAGCGCUAGAAGUCUGCUUUCGCGCGGCCUCAGCGACUCCAAUUCGCGCUUCAACCGAUCCGACCACUCUGUCCAGGCACCCACCAGCGUGGGGACUAGCCCAUACUACUCCCCCUCGACUCCAGUGUCGCCUGCGUCUGCCUAUUUUGGAGAGAGCAGCACGAGCACGUCGACCUCGGCAACGACGGCGGGGGCACCGGCGCCUGUGCACAAGCACAGUCCCUCCCUGCCCACUGACCUGGGGACUUUCUCGCGUGAUUCUACCUUCGCACAAGGGUCCAAUCUUGAACCGCGAGUUUGGGGCUCCCGAGUGCAUCACACCGCUGUGUCGCCCGCUACGCAUGCGACCAAGGACGGCAGCACGAUCUCUGAUCGGCGCAUAAAGCAUUCACGAAGGCCACCGACAGCCGAGUCACAGAGCUCCGAAGAGCAGCACGUCACGAGCGCAGGCAAGCCCAAUUCGACGUCAGGGAAAGCUGCGCGUUCGUUUACAGACCUGACGAUGCCGCUGAAUGCUGCCGCUCGUGGAACGCAACAGCGGCCUGUCGAGCAGAUGGACUCCCGGCAGCAGUCGAGCACGAGCCUUGCAACCUCUUCUACAGCCUCAACAUCAGCCUGUGGAAGCAGCAGCAGCAGCAGCAACUACAGCAGCGGGCCCCUCUCUACUGCGCGACCAUCGGCGACCAAUUCGCCCUUCCAGCCUUUGCCACCGGUCGCCUCGGCCUCCACACCCACCUCCACCACCUUUCCGAGGACCUCGUCGUCUCCGCCUGCACCGAAAAAGAAGAGCACGAUGAAGGCCUUUCUUAGCGGUAUCCGGCAGAAUGUCUCAAAGUGAACCCCCUCUCAGCCACCUUUUCUUUACUACCUCUUGGUCGCUCUCGGGUACCUUGACAAGACGCUGGUAAACCUAC